AUGGUCGGCAUCCCGAAAAAGUCGACAACGUUCUGUCAGACGUCGUCCAAGUUCUCCUCGUCACUGGUUUAUCGAGCACACCCGCAGAUACGCUAUUCUGCGAGCCACUCCGACUUUGACAGUGACCACGACCCAAAAAUACUUCGGCAGCCAUGCAACAAGCGCAGUUCGCAGCUCUUCCUCUCAAUAGACCCGACGACCUCUCGAAUACCCCCCGGACGCGUCAUGGUGCAGCAUAGGAGCCCAAUAGUGGAGGACGAUGAGCAGACACCUCUGCUCGCUGCGGUCGACGGCGGCCAGGCUAUUCGAGUUGGCAGGAGCCGCAGCGGCUCGCGCGAACGCAGACGCUUUUCCCCGACGACGCUCAUAGCGCCUAUCGCCAUUAUAUGCCGGCUGGCACUUCUCCUACCAUCGACGACCAACUUCCUCAUCUCGCAAGGUGCGGCGUGUCGGCUGUGGUACCUCUUGCACGAUCCGAGCAGCAUACCACCUAUUGGGAGGAUUCCGGACGAGCUAUGCGAGAUACCAGAAGUAGACAAGUACUACGCAGCGUUCUUGUCCGUUUUGGCUGCUCUUGAUGGGGUUGGGACGGUGGUUGGGUGUGGUGCUGCGAGCUAUUUUGCUGGCAAGGUCGGAAGGAAACCCGUAUUAUUAACUUUCUUGGUCCUCGGGAUAGCCGCCCAGUCUUUUGUCAUGGUGUCGCAACUCGCACAGGGAUGGAUGCAGCUCCUCUUCCUGGGCCUGUGGGUGCUUUCCCAGACACUAUCAAAUCCAAUAACAACCAUCUUCGUCAUCAACACCUACAUCGUCGAUGUGGUGAGAGCAGAGGACAGGACUGCAGCUCUCAGUAGGAUCGCAGGGUGGUCGUCGUUGGGAGGAGCACUGUCAUUCUCUCUUGGGGGGACAAUUACGACGCAGACUGGCAGCAUGAUCGCCAUCUACAUCGUUGGCGUGUCUUUCCUCGUAGCGAUCUGUCUCUACAUCGCGUUCAUCCUUCCUGAAUCCUUCCCAGCAUCGAAGAGAGAGGAACUUCAGCGGCAGAGGACGGAUGGAGGGCAUGGUAUCAAGGUCGUAUUCGAGCCAUUGAAGCGACUGGUUCCUACAUACGAUGCGGAUGUUGGGCGAUAUAACAACCGGCUUUUCUACUGCGCCAUCCAUAUUUUGCUCGUCAGCCUCGCGGAUUCGUACGCCGUUGUUGGGAUGAUCCUCUACUUCACGACCCAGUAUAAGUAUACCCCAGCUCAAACUGGAUACGUCCUAACAACUCUCAGCCUAACCGGCGUCUUCGUCCUCACAGCCCUCAUCCCCGUCAUCGUUCGCGUCCUCAAACCAUUCUACGCACGAAAACAAGAUCCCACACCAAUUGAUAGACCUACUUCCGAUUCAUCGUCAGACGGCAGCGGAAACGAGGAAGAAGAAGAUGCACAAGCACAAGUCGUCUCAGAGACUUCCGACCACAUGGAUGUGCACAUCACCAUCGUCUCGUGGGGUGUGGAGGCUUUGGCCUACAUAGUAGUGGGGAUGACAUCGACAAUUGCAACGCAGCUUGCCUCUGUUGUUUGCAUCGGCCUCGGUGCCGGCCGCACCCCGGUCUUCCGCUCCUUAGUCGUGUCCUCUGUCGACCCUUUGAAGCAGGGCGAAGCCCUCGCUGCGAUCGAGAUGGUCUCGAGUGUGGGGAUGAUCUUGUCCCCCAUCGUCAUGGGUAGCGUUGUGACAGCAACGAUCGCCUCAGCUCCGCGAACGCUCUUCUACGUGCAUGCGGCGAUUAUCAUCGUGGGCUCGUCUGUGCUAUUCUUGAUUCGAGACUCGGACCGGUACAAGAAGCCACCGCACGAAGAGCUUCGCUUGCAUACGGACUGA